UUUAUUACUCUUGACUGAGGGUGUACUGAAGGCUGUGGCUCUCGCUCCCUUCCUCAGCAGAUACCUUUCAGGCGACAGCACGCACGACUCACGCGUGGAGUUAAAAAAAAAUGCGGCUGAACGAUCGGAAAAGGCACACGACUGUGUGGACGACUGUUAUCCACCACUAGUUUUUCUGUCAAAGACGAGCCAUGAAGAAACACCUGAGUCCAACUAAACAGCAGCAUCAGCAGCCCCAGCCUCAGCAGCAGGCGCCGACUGAUGCUCCAGCUCCAGGCUGUGAGGUGACCGUCCAGCAACUCAACGAGCUGCUGUCCAACGGCAGCGGCUUCUACAGUCUACCCACCCAGCACUUCAACGAGGUGUACCCCAGGAUAUACAUCGGCAACGCGUUCGUAGCUCAGAACACCAUGCGUCUGCAGAAACUGGGAGUAACACAUGUCCUGAACGUGGCAGAGGGCACGUCUUUCAUGCACGUCAACACCAGUGUGGACUUUUACACAGGCACGGGCAUCACGUACCAUGGCAUCCAGGCCAAUGACACCGAGCAGUUCAACCUCAGUGCCUUCUUCGAGGAGGGGGCUGAUUUUAUCGAGAGGGCCCUAGCACACAACAAUGGAAAAGGAAAAGUCUACGUCCACUGCAGAGAAGGCUACAGCCGCUCUCCCACUAUGGUCAUCGCUUUCCUCAUGCUGCGCCACAAAAUGGAUGCGCGGCAGGCGGUGGCCACCGUGAGGCACAAGAGAGAGAUCGGUCCUAAUGAUGGCUUCCUUCGCCAACUGUGCCAGCUGAACGACAAACUAGCAAAGGAGGGGAAGCUGAACGGUGAGGUGGGAAAAUUAAAGACCAAAUGAUACCCAGGGACCCUCUGCCCUGUCUGUUCCCAUCAUGCCUUUUGACAGGUGUCAGCUGCUCUCGGAGACUGAUCCCGACCAGACUAAACCAGCACCCAUUCAACACACCGGGGUAUCCUGCUAACAUACAUACACACACAUACGUGCGCUUAUCAGUGUAGCUUGUUUGUCUUUGUCCGUGUCUCUGCUGCUCAGUAGCAGUGGUCUCGCUCCUCUGCUUGGCCCUGCAGAGUUAGAUCUCACAACACGUUCCCCAGCAGCCCCUCUUUGUCACCCCCACAGUCAACAGAUGUGCAGAUGUCUCUCUGCUCCGCCUCUGAUCUGGUAUCAUUUCUGAGCCAAGCUACAUGAAGCAUUCCUUCAGUUCUAACCAGUCAAAGAAACAUUGCCCUGAUUCAUCCCUGCGUCCCUGCGUGGAUUCAAUGAAGAUUAUAGCACAAUCAUUCCAUACUUUUCCACUGCCACAAAUGUUGAAGUUUCAAUGAAACCCCUAAAUAAUAUACAAUAUACAAGUCACUGACUGCAUGUGUUUCAGACACAGAAAAACAACAAACAUUUUAUUAUAAGGUAAUUUGUUUAUGGAGUAAUACUCUAGACAUUCCAGAGAUCUUUUGAAAACGUACCUGAUAGUUUGGUUUGUCCUGCUCCCCCUCAAUAUGCUUUUCCUUAACAAUACAAAUUCAGAAUCAUUUUUUAUUUAUUUUUUAAAAUGAGAGCUUUGUCUACAUACAGCGUUUUAACUUUUGGAUCGUUAGGCAUUCAGAUGCCACUAAUAGGAUGAAUUUUAACCUUUCAGAAAGUUAUAGUAGCUGUUCUAAGUAAAAAAUAAAAUCAAAAUCAAAUCAUGUCAAAAUCCACUUACUGCUGUAUCUGGUGUCGAAAAUAAGCUACACUGUAGCUAUUGGAGCUAACAUUUAGCUCAAUUAUGCUGCUGGAAGGUGAUUAAAAGCAGUAAACCUAGCUAAUGGCCACAAAUAAAUAUGUGAAAAAAAUGUUUUUGCUGCCCUGUAGUGGUACUGCAGGCCAUUUAGAAAUGUAUUUCUAAAUGCCUAAAAAAUAUCAGACGCAACGAGAAUGUCUUUCAUACACAUUAUAUGUAUGUAACACAUUAGUGUCCGUCAAAAACACAAACACUGAUCAAAACAAAUCUGAUAUAACUACUUUAAAAAAAUUUCUUUUGUUAAUUUUGCCUUUUUGUCAGAGAAAAGGCAGAGUAUUAAUUACACCAGGCCCAGAUCUUGUACGUAGCUCAUGUGUUAAUGCAACCUAAACUUACACUAUGUGGUCCACUUAAUUUGGAUUUAAUAAAAUAAAACUACAGUCCCCGUUAUCAUAUAUCGAUAGUUUCAGCCAAGAUAAAAUAAAAACUAUGUUAAAACACAUGACCCUGCUGCUUCACCACGGUCAAACCAGAGGCCAUUACAUUAAAACCAUUUCCUUCAGAGGACACCGCCCACUUUCACCACAAACUUCCACUCAUUUAGUAGAGGUUCCCGACGCAGUCAUUUGACCAGUAUCCAACAGCACUGCUUCAUUGGUACCGUCUGUCAGCGGUCCAUACGCAGAGUGUCACAUGUGCCACCCCUCAGUGUGUGUAUGUCAGGCACUCAUUAAUAGAGCCUGACCCUGUGCACACACAGGGCCAAAGCCUUUUGUUUGUUUUGUGUGUACUAAAGCAUUGCAAUAUAUGUCAAUACAUCAGAUAUAUAGAAUGUACUCACAUCAAAUGUAGCUGUCGUGGCUGCAUUUCGUAGAUACUGGGAACUUUCCUAUUGUAUUGUAUUUAUUACUGGACAGUACUACUGUAAUUAACACCAAGGGGCAGGAAGGACAGUGACAACAGGGAUGAAAGUGUGAGAUGAAAAGUUUGAAUGCUGAAAAGUCGUGUUUGUACUCUGAGCACUGGGAAAGACGUGUCAGUGGCUCAUCCAUCACAGCCCCAAGAAUCAGAUGAAUAAAAGAAGGUUUAAGAAACAAGGUUUACGUUUGAGUCCAGGAGAGUAUUACUCUGCAGAGACUACAACCUACAGUAGUUAGACUCACUUCAUUACUAGCACUAUUUAUUCCUCCCUAUUAUAUAUCUGUAUACAUAUGAAUAUAUACAUGUACACUGUAUAUACAUAUUUAAGUGUUGACAUAUAUGAAUGUAUAAGCAAUGUGUCUAUAACGUGUUGGUAUUGUCAGUAUGUCCUUAUAUAUCACGUAGUACUCCUAAUCGUAUGACAUUUUUCCAGUCACAUGUGCAUUGGUAUGAUGUGCAUGGACACUGUUCAGUGUAAUUGUGAUAUUUUCCAUAUCGCAAUUAAGAAAAAUCGUGUCGACAACUGCAGCUCGGCUGAGAUACUGAGGCAUGAAGUCAUCACCUACACUGGUGCUUUGUGUGGUCUUUAGGUUUCCACUGAUUAAUUCAUGAUAAACCGCAGGAUGCAGGUGGCAGCAGAAGAUCCAUAUGAGUUAACCCGCAUGUGACCUCACUGCAUACAAAUCAUCAAAUCCAAGUCAAGGACACGCUCACACCCUCAUGUCUUCAUUUGGUGUUUUUAGACGUUUGUUGUCUCCCUCUCUGUCCUGAUGAAGAUCAAAACUGUCGGCUUUGGUAAAAAGACAAAUCAUGAAGUGAUCUCCAGAGUCACAUUUCAAUGCAGUGUUUGGAAAUAGGGAGAAAUACUCACAUUGAGGAGACGGAAGACUCUCCACGAGGGGGAGCUGUUUAGUUAUUCCGAUGCUACAGCUUGUUCACAAAAAAAGGAACCCAUUUUAAACUCUUUUUUUACCUGAACAUUAAAACUAUCAAAUUUGUACAUGUUCAGCAGAGUUUUAGCUGUAAUUUUCUUCUAGGCAGGUUAUACGCCCUCUGCUGGUAAAAUAGAUCACUAGACGUCAAGUGUUGUGCCUGAGACUACAAGCCAAAAAACCUAAUUCUGGUAAAGGAUCUCUCGCACAGGUUUUAUACUGAAUUUCAUUCCUGACCCUUUGGCUAGUAAUCAACAGGCAACUCUAGGUCAAGUGUCUUGUCCAGGGACACAAAUCUGUUAUAUCUGGGAAUCUGUGAUAGGAUCUGUGUCCUAUAGACAAUGUAAGUACUCAGUUGUUUAGAAACAUUUCCAAACCUGCAUUAAAAUGUACAGUUUUGCUGUUGCCUUAAGAUUCUGAUUGGCCAGAGGAGAGGAAAGCCCCAAAUGUUAUCACAUAGGGUGGAGUUAUUGGUAAGUGUAGUUGUGAUGUGUCUCCCCUAGGGGACCUUAAAGGGUUUCUGAUGGUGUUGGUUCAUGGACAGGUUGCUGUCUCUGACCCGCUGCCAUUUUUGUCAGCUCAUAUACUUGAAAAGGUCUCAGAUCUGGCAUUGAACACCUGGGGACCUGGGAAUGUCUCUGACUAUGAACCAGGUCCUGCAGUUCAAAGUCAAAACCAUUUUCACAUGCAUCAUCGCACGUGUCACGUUGAGUUUUUCCAUCACCUCAUCAUGAAUCACAAACCACACAACACUGACGUUAGCCCUAAUAACUACAGUAUAACGACUUCAAUCAAACAUACACUAGUACUGUGCUAUGAGAUGGUAAUACUGCACUGUGCAACAUUAAGACUGGGAUUUCAUUCUAUUUAAACAAUGCCCUCCUUCUGAAGACACCAGAAAAAAUAACAACAACAAACAUUACUGUUGUUGUUUUUCUAUUUCAGCUUAUCUUAAAUUUGAGAAGCCAUUUUAAUCCUCCUGACGUUGGUCCAGGAUGAGGGUAUGUACUUUUAUAGCAUCAACUGCCUGUACUAGCCCACUCACUGAUUCAGUCAUCAACAGAUUUGGCUGCAGAGAUGUAGACUGUGAUACUGGACAAAUAUCAGCCACCGUAGAAGUUUUCAGUCCAGUGACAAAUGUGGCAAAAAAAAAAA